CGCUGUGAUUCAGAUGAACAGGACUGUAAAACCAGCACUGUUCCUCUUCCGCUUUGGUGUGACCUUGUAUAACGUCAUGUGACUAUUUAUUAUAUGUCAACAUGGCGGACCGGCAGCAGGAACCAUGCACAAAAAGAAUGAAACUUGACUCAUUUAACUGUCUUCUGAUUGACAUAUCCAAGGACAUUACUGACGAUAAUCUAAGACAGAUGAAGGACGCGUGUGAUACUUUAUCAGAAGAGAAGCGAAUAGGUAGGAGGCAACUGGAGAAGAUUACUCGACCGUAUGAUUUGAUAAAAGAACUGCAAUUAAGAGGUGACAUAGACGAAUGUAACACCAGUGUACUGGAAUAUUUAUUGAAAGCUACUGGUCUCGGUACACUUGUAAAGAAACUCCAGGAACAUCGACCUAAUCAGUUAACUCAGAUCCUUGCAAAGACAUAUAAGAGAAAAUGGGAGAAUUUAAUCAAUAAAACAGCCCUAGUAAAAGAAGAAUCUAGAAUCUUGGAUUGUGGUAACCGGGAAACAAAACAUAGGAAGAGCACAAAUACUGAGAUGAAGAGGAGAGAUCCAGAGUUGACAUAUUCAGGGACUAAAUUAGCGUAUGAUUGGGCAAUGGGAAAAUACAAUGAGUAUCCAUUAGCAUUCCAUGUAAAUGCGAAACAAAUCGGUAGUGAUCAAGACCUGAUGGAUGCUGUAUACGAUCAGCUCUUGCCAUACGAUAUUGGUAUAUCAAAGUAUGAACUUGUACAGCAUAUUAAAGACAGGGGGAAACCUGUUCUAUACAUAGUUGAUGGAAUAGACAGCGAUGGGUGCAAGUUGAACACGGGGUCCGCAAUCUUUAAUGCUAUACCAAGUACAAUAUUACCACUGUGUGAAGUGUGGGCAACUGAGCACAACUUUAGUGAAGUCGUUACAUUCAAGAAGAGUUAUGAGGCCGACACAAUAACGAAUGUCAUCCAAAAUUAUCCAUCACAGAUAGAUGAGAUGAUAAGUGUGCUCAAAAACGUGUACCUUAAAUUCAAGAAGACCUUCAUCGGCAGUGCGCAUGCCCACAAAUGGGCAUACAAUGCUUCCAGUGAAUACUUCCUCGUAUUCCACAUCGACACUUACCAGAUGGACACAAAUGAAGACUUGGUGGACGCCGCAUUCUAUCAACUCCUGCCAGCAUACAAAGGAAUGAAAGAUGAAUUACUACGGGUUAUACGCCAUCAAGACAGAUCUGUUUUGUUCAUCCUCGAUGGAUUUGGUGACGAUCGUUCUGCAAUUCAGGAUGAAUCGGAUGUUGUUGGAGCCACGCCGUGUGAAAUAUUUCAUAAAUGCAAAUUUCUUGGAGUCACAACUCUUGAGUAA